AUGACAACAAACAUCAUGGGUUGGAUAAAGAGAUUUGUCUACAAUUCUCGACAUAAGCAAGAAAAGAAAAGAGGAAAUCUCAGUGUAUCUGAUAUAGAUGAAGCAGAGAAAACAAUAGUGUAUUUAAUACAACAAGAACCCUUCGGUGGGUUAAGAAAUAAACGAUUGCAAUCUUUGGACACAUUCCUUGAUAAUGGAAUUAUACGAUUGAAAUCACCUGUACUCAGAAGAGAUGAUCAUGAAGAAUUUAAAACGCCAGCAAUUUUGCCAGGAGAACAUCCACUUGUGAAACGUUUGGUGCGGUUUUCAGCUAAAGGUAAUAAUCCUCCCACUGCGCCACCACCAGCAGAUAGAAUUCAAGACGCUGCUGCAUUUCAGAUAACAGGAGUGGACUUUACUGGCCUAGUGAUUCUAAGAGAUAACUCAAAAGCUUGGAUUGCUCUUUUCACCUGUGCGAUGAAUCGUGCCGUCCACCACGAAUUAGUGAUAUCCAUGUCAACGGAGACAUUUCUACUAGCUUUUCAUCGUUUUGUUGCUCGCAGAGGGAAACCUUCAGUCGUAUACAGUGAUAAUGGAACUAAUGUCAAAGGAGCUACCAGUGCUUUUGCGUUAAUUGAUUUUGAGAAAAUUUUCCUUGAAGCAAGAAAAGAACACAUAACUUGGAAGUUUAUACCAUCUAAUGCUCCUUGGUGGAGAGAUUGA